AGGACAACACAACAUCAUCGCAUUUAUUACCUUUGAUUCCCUUCUUUGGAAGACAACGUUUUUGGCUUUUUGACUUUAAAUACCACACUUUUGUAGCCUAAUCUGGUUCUAACAUAAGAAUAUCUCUGCACUUUUUGCUCUUCUAAUUUUCCCAGAAAGAUGAUCAAGCAGGUUUUUCUUCUGUUCUGCUUUGUCUCUGGACUCACCCUUUCAGUCUCAGAGUCCAAAUCUGCUUCUAUGCUGCAACCUCAUGUUGCUGAGGACUUUGAUGUUGGCUAUAUUCAGAUGAAGAGUGAGCAUAACUGUUCUUAUCUGGUGAUGAUUACAACAAGCUGUUCUUCACCCAAGUUUACUACUGAUAAGAUCAGUAUUGCGUUUGGAGAUGAUCAAGGCAACCAGGUAUAUGCACCAAGACUGGAUGAUCCAAUUUCAAAGACAUUUGAGCAGUGCUCUUCAGAUUCCUUUCAAAUAGAUGGUGCAUGUGCAUCCCCCAUUUGCUAUGUGUACCUAUACAGAUCUGGUUCAGAAAAUGGUUGGAAGCCUGAAAGUGUGAAAAUCUUUGGAUUCGAUGCAGAGCCUACUACUUUCAAAUUCAACACCCCUAUCCCCAAUGAUACAUGGUACGGGUACAAUUUGUGUGAAACACCUUCUCCUCCGUCUUCUUCACACCAACUUUCUGCUCAGAAAUGGCUUAUUUGUGUGGUUCUAGGAUUUUUUCUUAGCUUUUUGAUGUAAUGUGAGGCACUUAUAGUUACAUGUUCCACGUCAACUUUUGAUAUUACCACUAAACUUAUUAGAACUUGUUGCAGAAAAAAAUAGGGGCAUGGGAUGUGUAAAAUCUUAUUAGUACUUUAUAUAUGCUGAUAUAGAGACAUGAGAUGUGUAACACCUUUAACUUUUGUUGGAUUAUAUUUAACUUAGUGUUUGAGUAA